GUCCUAUCUUGAGUAUUUUUGGUCAGUUGGACUAAGCCACAGCAUUAUACCAAGCCUCUAUUUCCUAACUUAAAUUUCAAGUACCCAGAAUUGGAAUCCCCAACCAAUCUCAUAUCUAAGGUAUCAUGAAUCCCGGAUAUAUUAAGUAUGUACUAUCUCAAAAUAUUCAGGCAGUUCUUUCUCAAUCAGGAAAGGGAUAAGCGGAUUAAAACCCUCGACAAGCAAGGUAUUAUCACCAGGGAUCUAACCUAAUCACUAUACGUAUAUUCAACCUAAGUGCACAAGCUUCAAUGGAUGACAGCGGACACACGCAGAUAAACGCAUAGACAUAUAUCCAUCUAUUCAUACAUUCACCAAAACUCGCUGUCAAUAUGUUAAAAUUAAAAAGAGAGACCUGGAUAUAAGGCGUAAGAAGCGAGAGUUGCAAGGCCCAACCAAAUUGAACUCCGGCAGCCACCGUACAGCUCAAAAUCAGCGUAAUCAAGCUACAAUUCUCCGUCGGCAAUCCUUGAGGUGAAGAAGAGGAAUGAUUGGAGCCAUUUCCAUUAGAAAAUCUAUUCGAAUUAUCGGAUUCGAUCCGUGGAUCAGCUUCUUCCUGGAAACUCAUCAUUUCAACCUCCGCAUCGGCAUUAUGCUUGAGGUUUUUGUAAGGAACACGGAUCGACACCGAAUCCAUCGCCUCUAAUUCAAACUCGGAUCCACAAAUUACACAUUACACAUUACAGUGAAAUAGAUCUGGAGUCGAGUUUGAGAAUAUAUGUUGACUUUUAGCAGCGGCGAUGAAGACGUGGAGUUUAGACGAAGUGACCGACACUCAACCACGGUCAAAUUUGGCCGGAGGGAUAUUUUACUUUGGAUCGGCGGAAAGUGAAGUGUGAUGUCGGCAUCGCGAUCGAUGAGUCUUUUGAAAGUGGCCCCAUUCAGAUUCCAAUUUCUUUUGUAUGCUUACGUCAAGUUUGAUUCUAUUCCAUUCAAAUGUGUAUUUAUAGAGGAAUCUUUUGAAACCAGCAAGACAUAUUAUUAUUCUAAUGAAUACGACGAGGAAAAUUUUGACAUUGAUCUAAUACAUGUCAAGUUGGAAGAGGAUUUCAAAGCACAAGCUAAGGAGAGAUGCAAGGAUGUUUUCUUAUCUAUUUUUUUUUUAGAAAUUUGGGGUAUAGAAAGGCUUGGAAUUUCUGAGAAUUGUGAUAUCAGUUUCAGAUUAAAAUAUUUGGGUGGUAAUCUCAAUCUUUAAUCGGAUAAGACUCAGAAUAUAAGAGCAAGAACAGAGAAUGUGAUUGUUAUCAAUUUCGAAUGUACCAAAAAAUGAG